AUGUCAUAUCGUUAAUAAUAUUAAUAUAACAAUAAUCCUCAGACAACUAGUUAAACCUAUUCAACAACAAGCUAGCGAUCACAACAAUCACUUUAAUAACAACCCUUCAUACCAUAAUAGCAAAAUCCAUAUGUGUAAAAUAAUUUAAAGAAUAAUCAAAAUUUAAAUUCAAUUUUGCCAAAAAGUAGCCCAAAUCCUUUUACUCUACAAGCGAAUACAUAACAAUAACCAGCAAAAGGACCAUAGUUUUUAUUUUCAUAAGAAUAAUCAAAUGCCAAUCAACCUGUUGCACAAAAAUUGUUAAAUAAACAAUAACAGUAAUAAGAACCUAAUAGAAUGACAUAAAAUUACAAAAAAGAAAAGGAUGAUGAAUGGAAAGCAUAGAAUAAAUCAAACUAAAAUGAUGAAGAAGAAGAAGUAGAAGAAGAUGAUUAAGAAGAGGAUGAAGACAAUUAAGAAGUAUCAGAUGAAGAUGAAUAAUAAGAAGAUGAGGAUGAUUACGAUGAUACUGAAAAAAAUGAAAGCGAAGAAGAACCAGAUAGUCAACCAAAUCCUUAACAGAAAAAAAAUGAUAAAUAAUAAGCAAAUAUUGAUAAAUAUAAAUCAGUUAAUGAAAUUGAUACUAUUAGAAAAGAAGUGAAUAAGAUAAAUAAAGAAUUAGAUAAAUUAGAAUAAGAGAUAGAAGGAACUUUGAUAAUGAGUAGGAUUAAUUUUGGAGAUCAAAGUGUUUUAGACAUGUCAGUUUCCCAAGAUUUAUCGUAUUAAUAAUACCUUAAAGAAUUUGAAUAGUUUAAAUAAUAAAAAUAAGGAAAUCUAAAUUCAAUGAAAGGGUGA